CGUGAUAAUUGCAUCAUUUCUGGAAUAUUCCGGAUCCCGUGAUUUAUUGAUGGAUAUCCAGCUCUUUCAGCCUUCAAGUUCUGUCUUCCUGCAUCGAUCAAGAAUCCAUCCUCAUCUCGAUCUCCUUAUUAGCCAUGAUUUUUGUUCUCCGCCGGCCGUUCGCCGUCUCCACGGCUUUCAAACAUAUUCCAAAGUCAUCAAAUACGACCUCUCGGUUCAUUCAUAGCUUUCCCUUCAAACAAGAGCCAUCCUCUAGGACUCAGCAAGGGACUUCCACCUUCUCACGAUUCCACCAAACAUAUCAAAAUGCUUUCCGCCGAACAUACCGGCAAAUACCCUACCAAGCAGCGCAAACGUCAGGAAACUUGACGCAGAAGCUGCUGUAUGGUGCUGCUAUCGUGGGAGGCACCAUCGUUGUGACAAACAUGAUCUUCAACCGCGAAACCAGAGAAGAUGGCGCCAUGCCACUCUUCGAGAGACAAUAUCUGAAUCAAACCUUUAUGCACACCGGCCUUGGUAUCGGAAUAAUCGGCAUCGCAGCACGCGCUCUACACACAUCUGGCUGGUCCUACAGGCUGAUGGCUACGAACCCGUGGGCAGUUGUCGGGCUGAGUUUGGUAGCUAGCAUCGGGACGAUGUAUGGGACAUUUUACACAGCUCCUGAGAACUAUGUCCAGAAAUACGCACUCUGGGGCGCCUUCAACCUAACCCAAGCCGCCGUCCUCUCCCCGCUAAUGUUCAUGUCCCCCGCCCUCCUCGCCCGCGCCGGCCUCUACACAGUUGGCAUGAUGGGCUCCAUCGCCUUCGUCGGCGCAACGGCCAAGCAAGAGAAAUACCUCUAUCUCGGCGGCCCCUUGCUUGCCGGCGUUGCCGUCGUGGCCGUGUCUGGUCUUGCGCCGCUCGUACUCCCCGCUACAGCGGCCCGAUCACUCAUGUGGUCUGAGCGCAUCUGGCUCUACGGCGGUCUCGCGGUCUUUGGCGGCUUCACCCUCUAUGACGUCCAGAAAAUCCUGCACCAUGCCCGCAUGGCGGAGCGGGGCCUGAUUAAGAAGGAUGUGGUUAAUGAGAGCAUUAGCCUUGAGUUGGAUUUCUUGAAUAUUUUCAUUCGGAUGGUGCAAAUUCUUGGUAUGAGGGGUAAUAACCGGAAGUAGAAACUUCGCUUCGAAGAAUGAUAGGUUGGAGAUUGGGGGCGUAGACGCCAAAGAAAUGAUGGAUGUUCGAUUCCCUCUGUCCAUGCAGCCAUCGAAGACAUUCUGGAACAAUAGAACUUCCGAAAAGAUACGGACUUCCCAUAUAUAUUUGCUACGGUCCUCCCCACUAUUUCUUGUGCUCUUUCUCGUCAAGCCGAGACAGCGAAGUGUGGAAAAAAGAAAAAUCUCCCGUCACUCUAUUUUUUUUUCAACAAGAACCAUAAAACAUACUUAAGAACUCUACCUAAUAGAAAACAUUAUCUUCAUGUAUAUAGCUACCUUUUUUUUCCCCCUUUUCUCCUUGCUGGUGUGUUUGAAUGACACUGCUGUACAAUACAACGCCUAUACAAUAGUUUCAAGACUGCAAACCUUCAUUGAUAUUAAAACACAAGAACAACUUUAUCACACAAGAUUGCUCCAAACCACAGGAAAACGGAUAUGAGGCCUUUGUAAUUAUAUAUAUAUAUUUAUACAUUUUCUCGUACAUAAAAGAACAAAAAAACAAAAGAGGGAGGGGUGGGAAGAUCAUGAAAUUAAAAAGAAAAUGAAAUAUUUCAUAACAA